UCUAACUUGUAUAAAUUUGUAUAGUUUCCCCCCGGCUGUGGACUGCUUCGGACGAGCACAUCAACGCAUUGUUCCGGAGAAUCCAAGUGAAAAGUCCAUUGUUGUUGCGAAGUUUUUAAUCUGGGGAUUUAAAGAACAUCACAUGCUCGGCUGGGGGAGUGGGUGCUCGCGCACAAUACGCAAAUAACACUCUAAUUCCAUGAUCGGACUCUAAAUCACAGGUUUCUUACCUUUUCCUAUUCAAAACAUUUUUCUACACUUAAAACUACAUUUUAUGUUAGUUUGAAGCCUUUGGAAAAGAGGACCGCAAGAAGGAUCCGGAGGAUAAAGUGGAUUCCCACCGCGAUAACUUUUUCCAAGGAAGACAAGUGCGUCGACGUCAGUCCGUGAUUUAUUACCCAAAUAUGACGGUUUACAGCCAGCGGUCUUUGAUGGUCCUUGCUUUAUUAGGGAUCCUAUCAGGGAUUAUGUCUCUGCUAUCGGUCAAUCUGAUUUUCCAUUUACAAACACAACAGAUUGCUGUGAAGGAAUCUCCCCCCACCAUCUCCAUCGUGCCAACUAAUGUUUGGGCAGUGCUGAUGCCAGUGUCUACAGUGCUUUCUGCUCUGUCUCUCACGCUCAAUUUGAGCUCUGUCGUGGUCUGCCUUCUGCACAGCUACUUUACAACCGAGAUAUGCAGAGGAGAAGAUGAUACUGAAAGAGCAGACUGGUUCCUAUUGGAUAGCCGAGCUGUCCGACAUGUGGCCAUCGGACUAUUUUGCCUUGGGGUUUCAGUAUACUUAGCAGCUAUGUCCAUCUACAUGCUGCUGGUGUUUGAGGUAGAGACAGGCAUAGCGAGCGCAUGCGUACUGGCCUCGGGCAUCCUGAUUCUGCUGAUGAUCGUGAUUCACUCCCUGGUCAAAGCCGCCCGUACCGCCCAACACUACCGCGGUGGGGAACACACUGACACCUUGUACCAGAACCAGCACGGUGGGAGCACCCCUGCCGCCCGGCAAGGCAAGCUCCAAGACGGGGAAAAACCCAGGAGGCACCGCAACAACUCCCAACUCCACCGGCAUUUGUCCUACCCCCCUCCCUGCACCGACCCUAAGCAGCAUCACCAGCAUCAGUACUCCCCAUCCCACAGCCCUCAGAGCCACAGCAGUGACAAGGAGGGCUACAGUAGCGGUGGAAGUGGUUCUAGAAUGCACAGGACCCUGUCAACAGAGUCAGGGCUGCUGCAGUCUCCAUCUAAGCCCUGGAAUGGCAUUAACAAUGAGAUGCGGAGCGUGCUGGCCCGCAAGUCAGGAGCCUCCAGUAAAGACUCUACUCUGGUGUAACCUGACCUACAAAGUCUUAGCAGUUAGUACAUUCCUAACCAACCAUCAAACGUUCCGAAGAAUACAGUAUGGAUAGAAAAUAUCUGAAGCUAUUUAAAAGCUCUGAGCUAUCCCUUCAUGAUCCAAGCACCACUAAUACUAUUACUGUACAUUUCAAUACAGACAUACAGUGAAACUGUCAUUUUAAUACACCUUUCCUAACAUCUCGUUCCCUUAUUGCCUUUGUAUUGACUUUUUACACAGAAACCAUCACUAUUAAACCCUCUAGAAUGUUUACGUACUGGUAUUCCAAUGGAAAAUGUUAGUAACUUAUAGCUACAGCUAAUGCUAUAGUUGCUACGUGAUUAUACAAUUUAACAAGUGGCAGAGAAAUGCUUUAUAUUUUCAAAGUUGUUUGGUAAAGACCAAAAGGUGGUCUUUGAAAUAUAUUGCCAAAACUGUAUAUUACACAAUGUGUAGAUAAAUUUGGUAGUGUUUAGUCUGCAUACUGUGAAACAAACAUAAGUCAUAACUUUGAAUAAAGGUUGUGAGUAUGUUGAUACAAAACACUGUGUAAAAAAUAAAGUGGAGCAUUUUAAGUAAACCAGUAUUAGCACAUUCAGCUUCAUUCUAGUGCACUUACUUGAAAGUCAAGAGAGUGCCUAGAAGUCCUUGAGUCCAAGUAUAGCUUUGAGUGAUGCCUGAGGAACGACUAACCUUGGACAGCGUCUUCCAGAGGUCAGGAGGAAGUGGAUGGGGGAUGUGGUGGAGUGGCAGGGGGAAUGGGAGAGGGGGUCGCUUCAUGUGCGCUGCAUGCAUGUGCCAAUGGAGGGAAAUAAUAAAGUAAACAGAACUGAGACACAAAAAUGGCAAAUAAAAUAAUGCAAAGAAAGGAUGAUUGCACAGGAAAAUAACUACAAACAAUAAAUGGUGGCCCACGUCUAUGAAAAAGUUACCUUGGCUUUCACUCAAAAGGAGUUCAUAAGCCUCAUCAACUCCACCCUUGAGCAGGGAGAUUGUGUUUUUUCUCCUCAGCAGUGAUGAGUGGGUUGUGGGCAAUCAGACAAAUGAAGGAUACAGUGUUGUUACUGUGUAAAGGACACAGUGUUAUUAUGGUUUCCCAGAGCCAAAGUGAGUGGUUGUUUACUGCCUCUUACCUGCGCCCCUGGGAGGUGCUGAUCUGUUCCUUCAUGCUGAUGGCUUGACGAAGGAGGCCAUCGAUGCUUUUGAAGUACAGGCUGCUGUUUGUCAUGCUUUUCACUGCACUGGAAAUGAAAAUAUGAAUGUGUGUUAACAAAUACAACAUUGAAUUGCCGAUCAAUGUUUUCAAUAUAAUUAAAAUCCUAAACAGUAGACUUUAGACCAUGACUCCAAUUCCAUCGCAUAACUUUGGGUCAUUGGACACCCCCUUUAGCCUUGUGGGAAAUGCCCUGGCACUGCCCGAUGCACCUGGCUGUGUUGAGUAACACUUGCCUAAUAAAUCUGACUUUUAUACCAAUUCUUGGUAUACAGUCUGAAACAAAGCACUGCAAAAUCGUAGAGUUUAAUGACAAGCCAGAAUGUUGAAUAAAUUACAUUUGAACUUU